GGCGGGUUGUAAUGUUACCCUCUAACAAGUGGUGUCCUCGUCUGUCUGGCUGCUUCAGCCCAAUGCUAGUUGGCUAGGAAGCUCGCUAGCGUGCUCCGCCUUAGCUAGCACUGUUAGCUGGUUUUCACUCCACAUUGUUCAAUGCGAGGGAGACUUUAGCAGUGGGCUCCUGUUGUUAGCUGGAUAUCAUGGCGGCUGUUCGCAGUUUGCGGGUGUCUGUGAAACCUGAAAGCGCCUCUGACCGCUCGGACUCGGAUUCCGACUCGGACUCCGAUCGAAAUGCCAGAGAAGCGGAGCCGAUGGAGGUGGAGGAGGGAGAGCUGGAGUUUGAGUCUAUUCCCGUUCGCCGAAGUUUGAAAGAACUGCUGCCGGAUACAAGCCGACGAUAUGAAAACAAGGCUGGCGCCUUUAUUACUGGGAUUGAUGUAACGUCCAAGGAGGCGAUUGAGAAAAAGGAGAAGAGAGCAAGGCGAUUUCAUUUCCGCGCAGAGGACAAUCUUACUCAGAGAAAUGUGGUUCUGGACAGAGAGCUGAUGAAAAAAGCUAUUCCAAAGAUACGACUGGAGGCCUUGCACCUUACUGGUGUGGAUGACAUGAGCACCCAGGAUGUGUUUGGUUACUUUAAGGAGUAUCCUCCAGCCCACAUUGAGUGGAUUGACGACACAUCCUGUAAUGUAGUUUGGUUGGAUGACGUGACUUCAACGCGCGCUCUUAUUAACAUGAGCCGAAUGCCUGACAAAGAGGUCUCCAAUACUGAUGGCCCAAAGACCACUGACCUUCCAAUCCGAAAUCAGAGAGCUGCUCGAACCCGUGGCUCUGAUGAUGAGGAAGAGGAAGGUGAGGUUGACGAUGAUGAUGAUGUGGUGGAAAAAGCAAACAAAAGCAGCGAUGACAGUGAGGGAAAAGCCAGUGAAAGUGAGGAGGAGACAGAGAAAAAAGAAACACAGGAAAGCUCUGAGGAAAUGAGGGGUGAUGUUCUUUCUGGCCCUCAGACAGACCUGUUCACUCAGGCAGAGCGAGAUUCACUGCUCCGGAAUGACCUGCGGCCCACCACCAAAUCCUUUAAAGGCAACAAGCUGUUUCUGCGCUUUGCCACACAGGAUGACAAAAAGGAGUUGGGUGCAGCAAGGCGGAGUCGGUACUACAUGAAAUAUGGCAAUCCUAACUAUGGAGGCAUGAAAGGCAUCCUCAGUAAUUCUUGGAAACGUAGGUAUCAUACACGAAGAAUCCAGCGUGAUGUUCUAAAGACCAAAAAGACAUUAAUUGGAGACAGUAUGGGACACACACCACCCUACACGCACAGACAUUCAGCUGAUCUGGUGAAUCUGCCAGAAGAGCCAAUAGAAGAAGAAGAGGAGGAGGAGGAGGAUAGAGAGGAAGACAUGGACGCUGAUGACAGAGUCGUUGAGUACAGAGAUCGGGGAGACAGAGAUCGGGGAGACAGAGAUCGGGGAGACAGAGAACGGGGAGACAGAGAGCGGGGGUCACGAAUUGGGGAAGGGGGGCUGCGCAGUCGUUUAGGAGGCUCCUCAUCAGCAUCUUCAGAUUCGGAUGAAAUGGACUAUGAUUUAGAGCUGAAGAUGAUCUCGACGCCUUCACCUAAAAAAAGCAUGAAGAUGACCAUGUAUGCUGAUGAGGUUGAGAGCAACCUCAGGAGCCUCCGAAAUUCCAUCCGGAGUGAUUCAGGCUCGUCCAGUAGCAGUGUAAGGAGUCGCAUUGGUAGUGGUGUGACCAAGUCUACCUCAGAGAAGGUUACGGAUGUCAGGCAGUUACUGGAGGAGAAAAGGCAGGGAACCUCUCAUCAGAGAACACCCCCCCUUGUGGCCUCCAUUGGAAAGACAGACGUGAGACAAAGGUUGGGGAAGAGACCACACUCUCCCGACAGACAGCGCUCUGUCUCUCCUGUCCCCCAGAGAAACACAGCCCCUCGUAGAGAACCUCUGACAGAUGUUCACAGCAGACUGGGGGUGACUAAACAAGAAACAAGAGGCCUCUACUCAGAAUCAUCCAAAGACAAAAAGUCAGGUAAGGCAAAAGGUGGUCUGUGGAGCCGAUUGGGACCAUCUAAAGAUGGCGAAGGUGAUCGCAAGCUUUCUGGCCGGUUAGGGAGCAGUGCUUCCCUCUCACGGGGAACCCGGCAGCGGGAUGAAGUGGAUUCUGAUGGAGUCGAUGAUUAUGAUGACGAAGAUGAUGAUUCUCAGCUACAGAAGAUGUGGGGGGCCAUGAUCAAGCAGAAGGAGCAGCAGUCCAGCAAAAUGAAGAAAAGCCGACUAGAUAACCUCCCUUCACUGCAGAUCGAGAUCAGCCGAGACAGCAGCAACGGCUCCGACAGUGACUCCUGAGAAAGAACGAAGGACUAAAACUAGAGUCAGUCGAAGAGGAAGAAGAGAGAGGAGAUGAAACAUAUGU